AUGUCAGUGAUGCGAGAGGGAUAACUGUACAUGUUUAGUUUGUCGAAGAAGUCUCUUGAUUGAGGUGUAAUCCUCCGUUUGGGCGUUUACCUGAGUCCCAACAACAGUUACCUAUGCACUUUUUGAAGGAUUUUUUCGACACGUGCUUGUGAAUCGACAGAUACGAUGGGAGUCCAAGAGAAUUAAUGUACUUCACGGCUGAUAAAUUAUGACCUUUGGUCAUACAUGGAGAGGAGGUUAUCACGAAAUUCUAAUGAAAGUUACUACGGCGGUUACCACGGUGUAGGAAACAAGUGAUUCCGUUCGAAUCUUCGGUUUGUUUUUCUGGGGGCGCAAAAAUGAAGAAUUUCGCCAUUUGGUACCUUUCGUUUUCGCGUUCGUGGUGGAUACUUUACGGUUUUGCGUUAGUGACGUCGGCGAAAGAAUCGCUGGGAUUUGCGGAAAAUCAAAUUUUUCGAUCGGGAAAUAGUUGGACGUAUGACUUUCGAACGUCCGUGCUGCUUAGCGAACUGCAAGGAAGUGCCAAAGACGUGGGGUUUUUAAUUGAAGGUACUGUGAUUAUAAAAUCGGUGUGGGAAGGUGCCAAUUUGGAGAGACUAUUGCAAGUUGAGUUAAUUUCACCAAAGCUAAACAUUCGAUCAGGACAUGCCCCUAAGCCGGAUGGUUUCAUGUGGCAUACUUCAAAGCUGGAAUCGUUUAAAAACUCGCCAUUCUUAGUCCAUUGGACCAAGGGUAAAAUCCAGAAGAUUCUGCUAAGGAAAGACGAGCAGCUCGCGUUGAUUAACCUGAAGAAGGGCCUCGCCAGUCUCCUGCAGUUCCAAACCUUGGAUCAAGAAAUUAGCGAAAUUGAUUCUUCCGGCCAGUGCGAUGUGAAAUACACAUCCUUGGGACCGCACUCCUUUACAAAGACAAAAGUGGCGUGCUCCUCCUCUGAUUUGCCUUCGUACUCCAACCCGGACCCCGUCUUAAACACCAAAGUGGAAUCUAACAGGAUAGCAACGUACGAGCUAGGUGGUGAUCAGGGAUAUUUGCACUCUAUAAAUCUGAGCGAGGAGCAUUUAAUGAUACUGAACGCCAAGGAAAACGUGGGGAACAAAGUUGUGAUUCACCAAUCGUUGGCGCUCACGGACUCUUCCACUACCGACCAACUGAUGGGAAACACCAUGGACGAGGUUAUAAGUAACGUAAUGGACAAAAACGUAUUUACUGAAGAAUCUCUUUUGACUGAACGCGAAUUUCUUCACUCCGAGCCCAUGACAUUUAGAAGUGCAGUGAAAGAAAGUAAAAGCAAUUUAAAGUCAAAAGCCAUCGGAUCCUUAGACUCAUCGAAGAUCAUUGGAAGACUGGUCACUAUCGGAAGAACUAGCAGCAAGGAGGAUAUUAUGAAAACACUUGGCAACAAAAAGAACAAUGCCAUCUUAAACCAGUUGUACGACCUACUGGGGAUAAUCCAAACGGAUGCGUCUCACCAAGCGGCGAUGAAGCAGCUAUUUUUUGAUGACAAAAACCACGAGGAACGAAGCGAGCGAUAUUUGUGGUCACUAUCAGUAUCUCCCCAAACCAAUCCCGAAAUUUUAAGUGACCUCCUUCGGAGAUACCGAAAGCUGGCAAACAUGCCAGACAAAGUAAAGGAAACACUUUUAUUGACAAUCGCCACAAUGUCUUAUAAGCUCUCUACUUCCCCCAACUUUGAUAAGUACUACAAGAUUUAUGAAGAGGCCGAAGAGACGGUCGUGAACGGUUUGUCCUACGCGAAAGACGAUGAAAGGUACGCGAGUCUUAGGGCGCUAAAGAACCUAAAGUCCAACACGACGAUACCAAAAUUGCUCGAAGUUCUAAAGAACGGUACCGACAAGGAACGGGUUCUUGCGUGGAAAGCGCUAGCUUCGUUUCAUCCGUCGCAAUGGAAUGAGGAGAUCUUGUCGACGGCCGUGACCACAUUUUUCCAAAUGGAUAGGAAGCACGAUACUAGUAGUCGGACGUUGGCACUAGACAUCUUGUUGGAAGCGAAUCCGUCCGAUUGCCUACUGAAGAGGCUAAUUUACUUUCUUACCACCAAGUGCAAAAGUUUUGAGGUGCUGCAGUAUCUUAUGCAGAAAUUGAACAUGAUGUCAGAGUCAAGUCCAGAUUUUAAAGCAAAAAUUCAGGCGAUCAUACGAGGAGAUUCCAUGUUGAACAACUACGCCACAUUGUCCGAAAGGGGAUUGUCCACCGCGCUAAAGAGAAACUUUUUGGUGAGCGACGCAAGUAACGGUACUUUAAUUGCAGUGCAAGAAAUUCAAAGCGGAAUUGUCAAGCGUGGUAUUGUAGACGUUGUGUUGGAGAAGUCGGACGCUAGGCAAGAGCUACUGCGGUUAGGCAUCUUUACCAGCGGCCUUGCUAGCCUAAUUUCUAGUGAGACCGAAGGGGCUGAAUCGGAUGAGGCCGCUACCGCCGGUAUUGAGCUCACGAUUAUGGGAACCCAAAUACGACCGUUUGUGUUCUUUAAUGGUCAAGGAGAACUAAUGGGGCACGUUUGGUCGGGUACCGCAUCGGAAAUGACACCUGCGUACCAGGCGCUAUUAAUGCCGUACAAUCACUUGCAAUACCUAAGGCUAGCUCCAGGAUUCAUUUGUGAAAUGGAUCUUAAAGGUUCGGCGUCUUUUGAUCUCUCCGGCAAAGUUGAAUUUUCACUAUGGAAUCGAAACGGUGUUUCCCUAAUAGAAAAAUCCGCCGGUUUGUUCGUCGACGGCUACAUUCGUCUGGAUACCGAAUUCGUCAAAUCGCAAACCGAAUUCACCCUCUUAAUGGAACCGAAGUUUAGCCUGCAGACCGAUCUCAACUUUUCCUCCAGUAUAAGUUUAUGUAUGAGACUCUCUCAGCCAGACUACGUGUACAGACACAACAUCUAUAAAAGUGAACGAGUGCCGGGAACUAAACAUCAAAUUAGAAAAUCGAAAUACCUUAGGUACGUUAUUCCAGGAAAGACUUACUCUCUUAAUAAGAAGAAUAAUGAUAUGUGUAACUUACUUAAAAUGUAAAUGUUAUCUAUUGAUGCUAAAGAGGUUUUUUAAU